AUGUCCACCCUACGGACUGCGAUAAUGUGCUAUUUGCAAGACAAGAAAAGAAGUCUCAACGCAAAGGCUGAUUUUUAUAGCCAGCCUUGCCGAAACCAAAACGAGGCCGAAGAUUGGGGCAGCGUCGAGGGCCUGAUGGGGCUGAACAUAACCGAGCACAGAGAAGAGCUGCAUGGAAUGCCUGACCUGAAUUGCAUCCUCGACAAACUCCUCCAAUCCGCAGAGGAUUUUCGAGCAAAGCGGAGAUGGGGAAGGGAAUCCGAGGCGUCACCUCAAUGCCCAUUUCCUGCCGCAAAAUUGGUUGAAUAUGAGCUGAUCCGCCAUAGCAGUGAGGAGGACCAGAAGAUGAUCGCCGACCUGGAGAAGGUUUUUCGAAAUGUGCAUGUGACAGAAGAAGAGAUUUCUUACUGCCUUCCCGACCCUGAUAAUUUAACUAAAGACGAAGCAGAAGUUGAUGAAACUAUUGUCGAACAGCGCAAAACCAUCGAAAUCGAUUUUCUCGACGACUUGGAGCUGUAUUUCCGGGCUAUCCGAGGCCCACAGAUUGACCCUCCAACGUCAAUUAUCGACUUUCGAAGACGGUCCCUUGAUCAAUGCCUACGAGGUCUUCAAGGAGUUAUGCCCAUCCAAGCACGCCUGCGAAUUGGCAGCACCAUUUUUGAACAUACCGUCGCAGUAUCGGACUGUGUGAAGGAGUGGACGUUGUGCCCGGGAAAAGACGGCAUCCUCCUCUGCACCCUGAAGCAAUAUCUCAUCGAUCCCGAAUCCGGAACAUGCGAUUUCAUAGAUUGUCCGGUGGGCGAACUACCAAGUCUCGUCGGUGACAAACGCAACUGCCUCCCGCGGAAUCGCAUGACCAACGGCACGCUGCCCGAACGCUGGUGGUGGGACGGCUGCAUCUAUGAUUACUACAUCAACUGCGGCAACUACGUGCCAGUUUGCCUCAACGCCGCGGUGAUCACGGCAUACAACGCGAGCGCGGGAGGUUGCAUCAACGAAGGCUGCCCUCCUGCGACGCACCCGUGCAAAGGAGAAAACGGAACGGAAUGCAUUGCCUACGACGACCUGAAGUCGGCCCGCUACAAGAAAGGAGGAGACGUGUGUGUCCUUGCUACAGCCGAGGAGAAGGCUGCGGCGAGGCCUACCCCUGCAGCGGCUGCCCAGGAGAAGACCGAGCCUAAAGAAACAUCGCCAGCCUCGUCCCCAUCUUGCUAUGCGGUCUCAGAGUGCAUCAAGGAGUGGACGUUGUGCCCGGGUAAAGACGGCGUCGCCAUUUGCACAAGGAAGGAUUCUCUUCUCGAUCCGGAAUCGGCAGACUGUGCAUUCAAGGAUUGCCCCAUGGGUCUGAUGCCGGAUCGUUUCGGCGCAAGGCUUGAUUGCCUCCCGUUGAAUCGUCUCACCAACGGCAGUCUGCCUGAUACUUGGACCUGGGACGGCUGCGCCUACGAAUACUACAUCAACUGCGGCAGCUAUCUUCCGGUUUGCAUCAGUUCCGGCUCUCUUGAGGGAUACAACGUCAGCAUUGGAGGCUGUAUCAAAGAAGGCUGCCCACCUGGUUCGCACCCGUGCAAAGCAGAAAACGGGACGGACUGCAUUGCCUACGACGACCUGAAGUCGUUGCUCUAUAAGGAUAAUGGAUACGACUGCGUCCGUGCCACACCGGAGGAGAAGGCUGCUGCGAGGCCUACUGUCCCAUCGGCUGCCCAGGAGAAGACCGAGCCAAAAAGCUCCUCUCGUGCCCCUUGGCUUCUCGUGAACUCCGUCAUCUACAUACUGACACUUCGUUUACUCGGAAUUUUCUGCAGCGUAGCAUCUGGCAUGAUGUUCGUCUACUUGCUCGUCCUCGUCCUCUACACCGGCGAGCUCAGCGCCGAAAAUACGACUCUUUCUACAGACGUGUGCCCAAAGGAUAGCGACGCGUGUAAAGGUUGUACGGGCUCAUGGGUAGCCUGUCCCGGGAAAGACGGUGCCCCGAUCUGCUCCAAGAAGUACAAUCAGGUCGAUCCCAAGGGGUCGGUUUGUCAAUACAAAGAAUGUCCGGUGGGCGAAGGCCAGAUUCUUGUGGGGAAGGGUUUCCUUUGCGUCCCGUUCAAACAUUUCGUGAAUGGCACUCUCCCGGGGUCCUAUUUAUGGGAAGGUUGCGAACAGAAAAUGCGGAUCAACUGCGGUACCUGGACUCCAAUUUGCUUCGAACCCGACCUUGUGAUGAGCUACAACGAUAGCCUGGGUGGUUGUAUCAUGGAAGGCUACUUGAAGCCGGCGAAGGAGUGUGCGGGGCUGAAGAACACGCUGGCCUGUUGGGCGGCCAACGACGACUACACGUGCAUCGGCUUCGAGCGCAUCAACUCGAUGACCGUCGACAAGCACAAUAAGACCAUCUGCACAUUUGCAAAAUGCACCGGAGAAGAUGCCCUCCUGUGCAGCGCCGAGUGCCAAUCCAUCCACGAGGUCAAGAGGGUGCUGCCGGGAGGAGAGUGCGAAUACCGCACCCUCCGCCGUGGCCAGAUCAUCAUGAUCAUCUCGUGCUCCAUCAUCGGAACCGUGGCCGUGAUCGCUGUCGUGGCUCUGCUCACCCGCGUCGUCAUCCUCCAGAAGAACCGGAACAAGCCGAUCGAGCAUCGCCCGUCCAGCAUGGAGAACAAGCACCAGGAUGGUGACAGCAACGAGAAGCGCCCAUUCCUGCCCUCCAAGAACCCGAAGGCGUUCAACGAGAAGCCCCAAGUC